CAGCACCGCGGGCUGCACCGUUGGCACCGCCGGGGCCGUUUGAUAACCGGAAUGUUUUCUUCUCUCGGACGAUGCGCCCGAGCCGGCUGGCUGCCCUGAAGCCCUCCUGGUUGCUCUUCCCGGGGGCCGUUUGCACCGGUGGUGGUGGCCAAGGGGAUUUUUGCGUGGAAGAUGCCGAGCGCGAGCGUGACGGGGAGCACGCGGCCGCAGUCAGGAGGUCUGUCGAAGAUGCACUGGUCACCAGAGCAUGCCCAGUCCCUGAACCAGUGGCCGGAGCAGCACCUCGACGUCUCCUCCACCACCUCCUCGCCAGCUCACAAAUCCGACCUCUACCCCAGCACCCGCCAGCGCUUCAACUACGCCUGGGCCAACGACGACAUCUCCGCUCUCACCGCCUCCAACCUCCUCAAGAGGUACGCCGAGAAGUACUCGGGGGUGCUGGACGCGCCCUACGAGCGCCCGGCGCUGAGCGGCUACGGGGAUGGAGCCUUCGGGCCGGUUAACGGGCAGAAGGGGGACGGGGAGACCUGGCCGGUGGCGCACGGCUCCGAGGGCGCCUACCCCCUGACCCCCAUCCACGAUGGCCUCCCCAGCGCCAAGGGGGUGGUGCCCCCCGCCGUCCCCCCCGGCAGCGGGGCCAUCGGCCUCGGCGGUUCCCCCGUGGUGUCGGCCAACCUCGCCGAUCCCAUGUACCCCGGGAACUCCUGCGGAGGAGGAGCCGCCGCCGGCUCCGGCGGGCUCGGGUCAUCUCAGGAGUACCCCUCAGGCUACGGUGGCACUUAUUUGCCCUCCAGCUACUGCACCCAGCCGGCAGCAGCUCUUCCCCCCCCGCACCCCCCAGCCCUCCACGGCUCGGGGCUCCUGCAGCCCCCGCACCCCUCGCCCGCCCUGGUGCCGGGCUACGGCUCCUCCGGCCCCAUGUACAACUACGCCGCCGGCAGCUACGCGCCGCAGCCGGGCUACGGCACCAUCCACCCGCCCCAUCCCUCCGCAUCCUACCUGCCCUCCGGCAUCGCGGCGCCCACCCCCAUCCCGGCCCCGCCGCCCGCCACCCGCCCCCCCGGGGUCCCUGGCUACGGCUACCAGGGUGCCGGUUUGGCCCCCCUGGCCGUGCCGCCCCUCGGCACCGAGGCGGCGGGCACCCUGAAGAGGAAGGCUUUCGACAUCGCCGGCGGGGAGGACGAGGGGGAGGGCAGGUAUAGAAAAUACAGCUACGAGCAGCCAAAGUCCCCCUACCCCAUGUCGGACAACGGCGACUGCCGGGGCAACGGGUUCGGCGGCAGCGCCGAGUCCCCCCAGGUGACCUUCAAGCCUGGGAAGCGGCCGGCGGGAGCCGGGAACGCCGAGGAGCACGCCAGCAAGUACGGCGGGCAGCCGAUGAAGAGUAUGGUCUCGCCGCCCUACGGCGCCGGGGAUGCUCCGCUGCGGCCGGCGGAGCCCUUCGAGAAGUUCAGCCCCCCCCUCGCCAACGGGGAGCGGGCGGCCGAGCCGGGACCCCCCUUCCCUCUGCGGCUGCCCCCCAAAGCGCCGGUCUUUGGCAGCGCGCCGGUGGAAGAGCAACCCAAGAACGUUGACCCGCUGGUCUUGGAGCUGGUGAACACCAAGAUCGUGGAGCGGGGGCCGCCCGUGCAGUGGACGGACAUCGCCGGGCAGGUCUCUGUGAAGGCCACCAUCGAGGAGGAGCUGGUGUGGCCCAUCCUGCGUCCCGGCGCUUACACCGGGGCCAACCGGCCGCCCCGAACCAUCCUGCUCUUCGGUCCUCGCGGCACGGGGAAGACCCUGCUGAGCCGGUGCAUCUCCACCCAGCUGGGCUCCACCUUGCUGAAGCUCAGUGGGACCACCCUGCUCUCCACCUGGAAAGCCGAAGCCGAGAAGAUCCUGCAGACUGUCUUCUUCGUGGCCAGCUGCCGGCAACCCGCGGUGGUGCUCAUCACCGAGGCCGAGUCCUUGCUGGUGGCCCGGGCUGGCGAGGACGGCAGCCAGGUGAGCAAGCUCAAGUCCCAGCUCCUCUCCUACCUGGACAACGUGGCUACCUCAUCCGAGCAGAACGUGGUCAUCAUCGGGACCACCUCCCGGCCCGGCAGCAUGGACGAAGCUUCUCACCGACGCUUCGCCAAGAGGUUCUACAUCUCCCCGCCGGACAGCAUGGCCCGGCGGCAGAUCCUCCAUCACGCCUUGGCUCAGCAGAGCUCCUGCCUGAGCGAGCGGGAGAUGGCCUCCCUGGUGCAGCACACGGAGAGCUUCUCCGGCAGCGAGCUGGUCCAGCUCUGCCAGCACGCCGGGGCCACCGCGCUGCACGGGUUGCCGGCCCAGAUCCAACCCACCUCCUACCAAGCCUUCGAGAAGGCGUUCGGCAAAGUCCGCCCCGCCGCCUCCCAGAAGGAGCUGGACUUGUUCCUGGAGUGGGACAAACUCUACGGCACCCGGCACUGACGGCGGGGGGGGGGGGGGGGGGGGGAACGGGGAGAGGGGUGGGG